CGGUGUGUGUGAGUGUGUGUGCGUGCGGAUCCGCAGCAUGAGGAGCGCGAGGACGCUGCGGCAACUCGCGGUGACGGUUCCUAAACGGAACCAUCACCAUCAGGUGCGGUCAGCGGGAAUCAUCGGAGCACCUUUCUCCAAGGGACAGCCCAGAGGUGGAGUGGAGAGAGGACCGGACCUGAUCAGAGCUGCAGGACUGCUGAACAAACUGCAGGAACAAGGCUGUGCAGUGAAGGAUUAUGGGAACCUGGCGUUCGAGGUGUUGGUGGACGACAAACCUGUGGGUCGGGUGAAAUGUGCGAGGGCGGUGGGCAGCGCCAACCGGAGGCUGUCAGAGGCAGUGCAGGCUGUGAAGAGGGACGGACACACGUCUGUGAUGCUGGGAGGAGACCACAGUCUGGCGAUUGGCUCCAUCCACGGUCACUCGGCGGCGGUCGGGGAGCUGAGCGUCGUUUGGGUCGACGCUCACGCCGACAUCAACACGCCCCUGACGUCGCCCACGGGAAACAUCCACGGACAGCCUCUGUCUUACCUCCUCCGCGAGCUGCAGUCUAAGAUUCCUGUUUUACCAAACUUCUCCUGGAUCAAACCGUGUGUUUCAGCCAAAGACCUCGUCUACAUCGGGCUGAGGGACGUGGAUCCAGGAGAGCAUUACAUCCUGAAGCUUCUGGGCGUGAAGGUGUUUUCCAUGUCAGAGGUGGAUCAGCUUGGUGUACCCCGAGUCAUGGAGGAGACGUGUGACUACCUGUCCGCCAGAGUGAAGAAACCGAUUCACCUGAGCUAUGACAUUGAUGCUAUUGACCCCUCUGUUACCCCGGCAACUGGGACACCUGUAGUUGGAGGGCUCACCUACAGAGAGGGAGUCUACAUCACUGAACACCUCUGUCAGACAGGUCUCCUGUCAGCGGUGGACAUGGUGGAGGUGAAUCCUCUGAGGGGACGGACGGAGGAGGACGUCCAGUCCACGGUCAGCACGGCGGUCGACCUGCUGCUCGGCUGUUUCGGACGUCUCCGUGGGGGAAACCAUCCGUCGGAUUACCACCUGCCUGAGCCUUGAUAAGGACGGCGCUGCCCUCUCCCGCUGCACUGACGGACACCUGAACGCCUCUCUGAUCACCUGCAGAGGCUCAACAGACGAUCAGAGUCGAACAGUGAAUCCCUCAGACAGGAUUCCAGCUCUGAGUCUGAGUCUGUAACACGACGUCAGUGAAACCAUGCAGCUGGUGAAGCUGUAAACCAAAGACACAGAUCUGAUGCUGGGAGUCGUCUUCCUGUGGAAGUAUAAACAAUUCAGAUUCAUUAGAAGCAGUGUUUUACAUCGUGUUUCAAAAUAAAACCGAGGAAACGUGAA